ACGCCUUGUGCUUUGUUCCUACCUACCUAUACGUUAGUAGGUAGCUUAACAUGUUAGUCCCAACUUGAAAGGAGGACUUGCAAUUGAGGGCCAACAGUCAGAGGGCAAGCACAGAUCUCCCCAUCACCAAUAUGCUGUCUCUCGGGGGGACUCACAUGAUGUACGCCCUGGGCGGCCUGCUGUGUCUUCUUAACAUGGCCAUCGCCAAUGUUGAAAAGACAAUAUUCACAGCUCCUGCAUCACUCCCUAUUCCCCAACAGAAGCCUUCGCUGAGCGAUCUCAGACUACCGACACUUACACCAGGCGGCCCAAAUAUUCGAACUCAUGUCAGCCGCAGAUUUCCCUCUGGGCCAAAGGAUUACGCUUCCGGCGUUGCAACGUGGGUGCUUCUUGAUAAACUAAACCAAGGCCAGCGGUAUGAGUUUCGUGUAUGUUGGGCUGCGAUUCAACCCGCUGUGUUUGGCUUGGCUGUAUACGAGCUGGACACCGUGUGGCAGACACCAGAGCUGAUUCAAUCACUUGCCAACUACUCAUCUUCUCGCCAAGACCAGGAAGCUGUGCUGACAAAAGAGUCAACUCAAACUGAAGGCAGGGAGCGCGAGGCUUCCGUUCUUCUGCUCCAGAUUAAGUCAUCAGCUGACUACUUUACGAAUAACGCGGCUCUUAUGAAGGAACCUUCACCUGUACACGUAGAUCUCAUCCUCGACCCCUAUCAUUAUGGUAUCGUCCCCCGUUCUCUAGUCCCAGCAGCUGGUUAUCUUGUUCUUGUCGGCGCGGUGGCUUGGUUUGUGUCCAGAUCUAUCGCCUCUAAGUUACAGGAAAUUGCAGUCACAACCGAGGGCGCAAACAAGAAACAGAAUUGAUGAACGGAGGUGUUGGCACCAUCGGGCUCUGGACUCUAGAUGCUAAAAAGGGGCUUGGUGGAAUGCGUUCUACUAUGUACGUUAAUCAUAUUGCUCGUAACUUCUCCAACUUCAGGCCACUCUUCCUAUCCCUCUCAAGAGCUUCGAUAUCUAUACUCAUUUCAACACACAUCUUCAUCGAAAAACACUUUCAUAUCAAGCAUCCAAGUGUCGGAUGUGACAGGAGAGCUAUAAAUUUCUUCGGCUUCGAAUAUUCUUGCGAUCCCAUACCAAAACGAGAAGGUGGUCGGUAACUCAAAAGAGUAGCAUAAAUACUGCGGUUGUUCCAUACAGGUUCACUGUAGUCUCUCAGUAAGCUCCUCCAUACUGAGGGUGUGAACCAUGAGGCACAGGAGGAGCGCCACUGUUGAAUUGCGGCUGGCCACCGUAGGACUGCUGGCUCCCCUGGCCUGCGUUAUAAAAGGGGUUGUAUCCUCCGGGGGGCGCCCCAGGUGGAGGAGGAGGAAAGUUCUGAUUGCCUGAGGUUGGCGGUGCACUAUAGCCCUGUGACUGCUGGGCAUGUUGAUCAGGCGGGCCACCAAAGUGGCCGCCGUGCGCUUGAAUAUCAGGAUAGCCUGUACCAGAAGAUGGCUCAUGUGGUUGUUGUCCAGGGGGUGGAGGAAAGUAUUGCUGUCCCUGUUGUGCAUUUUGUCCAUGUUGGGGAGGACCUCCUGGCGGAGGAGGGAACGAGUUGUUUGAAGAACCAUGAUGGCUCCCACCAAAAGAAGAGUUGCCUCCGUACUGCUGGUUCGAGCCAGGCUGCUGCUGAUGACUUCCAUAAGGGCCAUUCUGACCGGGCUGUUGCUGAUGCGUGCUGUAUUGUUGGCCUGGCUCAGAGUGUUGCUGACUGCCAUACUGCAGGUUUCCGCCGGGCUGUUGCUGAUGCGAGUUGAAAGGCUGAUGAGAGCCUGGCUGCUGUUGCGAUCCGUAUGUCUGAUUCUGACCAGCUUGGUGUUGACCACCAUACUGUUGGUUCGAGCCAUGCUGUUGAUGCUGGUUCGGGGAUGGGGAGCCAUAGGAAUGCGCACCGGCUACGGGGGGCGCUGAAGCCGCCGAAGAAGCUGAGCCUGUAGGAUUGUAGGUUGGUGCCUCGCCCGAGUACGUUCCACCGCUACCCUGCUGCUGUUGGGGCUGUUGCCCCGAACUAUAGCCAAAGUUGGAAUUCUGUCCCUAUCGCCUGGUCAGUCUUGCGCGAACGGCGCAUGCUGCUGUUGUGAACAUACACUGCUGCCGUGUUUACCGCCAAACAUAGUUGCGACACCACCCAUAAGCUGCCCAGCGAGGCCUCCCUGAUGAUGGCUUGAGCUCUGGUUGGAAUUGCCGUGGUAAUUUUGGGGGGCAGGAGGCUUCUCCUGACUAGCCGAGUGCAUAAAGCUCGACGCCAGUUGCCCAACGAGCUUUCCUGCGCCUGAGGGCUUGUUUCCCCCACUGCCGCCGCCACUACCACCAUGGCUGCCGCCGAGGAACUGGUUUGCGAGACCGCCAAGAUUGCCCAAUGGACUAGAGCUGUGGCCACCGCUGCUGCUGCCACCAUGACCAGAGUUCUUUCCGCCAAGCAAAGCGUUCAUAGCCAUGCUCUGACAGGCUGUUAGCAUAAUUCAACACUAUCGAGAAAUGCCAAGACGACAUACUCCGAGACCCCGUUCACCAGAAGGACCAUCUACACCUCUGGUGCCGUCCGGCAUAAUUGGUUCCAUGGUACCAUCUGCAUGGCGCACAGUUUGCGAUCCAUCGGGAUGCGUAAUGAGUUCCGAACGCUUGGGAGCGCCGUAAGGAUGUUCGCCUUGGGGAGCUGGAGUAUUUCCCGUUUUGGCUGGUUCAGUAGGAACCUCCCACUGCGAAACACCAGUCGAUAGCUGGACAUAAUAAUAUUUCUUGCUUGUACCAUCCCAUUGAGCAAUCCAACCCGCGGGCAGCGGGGGAGGAGCAAACGUGGGGCCUUCGGCCUGCGGAGAGGCAGGACCCGUCAUGUUCAAAAUACGGUCGGUAUAUAGACAGGUAAAGAUAUUGUAUGAAGCGGUCGAGACGGGGAGAUGUCGCAAAUGGAGGGGUCACAGGUGAGGUAGGCAAAGGAUGAAUAAAUUGUCGCGAGGUGAGGGUGAAGGAGUGGUCGAAGACGGAAGUCCGUCACUUAGCGAGAAGGGCCGCAGUCAUGAAGAGUGUAAAAUACAAGAGGCGGGAACAAGACAAGAGACGAGGUGAGGUUUAGAUGGUGUCGCCUCUAAACUACCUAUGGAACCCUGUGGAGGUCAAUGAGGCAGGCUUGGCUUGACUGGGCUAAGCUGGAGGGGCUCCAGGCACUCUUUCGCCGCCCAAGCUUGAUUGAUGAGAAGGGACUCCCAGCGAGGGGAAAGCCCACUUUGGGUUCUUACCUUACCUACCUACUUACCUACUCCGUACCUACCUUUGUAAUAGGUACCUACCCUUAGGGGGCAAGAAAAUACCAAACCUUAAUAAAGGGUGUUAAAAUAAACUGAGCAAAG